UAAUCUAUAGAUAUUAAUAGUUUGUCUAAUCGUUCCAAGUGAUUAGAAUGAAAGAGAAAAGCUUGUAUGCUGCUCUGUCUUUCAAUUUUUUUGGUUAUUAAUUUUCUAGUAGUGUAUCCAACCGCCAUCUAUCACUAAAAUUUUAAUUAUAGAAUUCGAUGGCUACUACGGACAAUUCUGUUUGAUACGAUCAAAUUUUUUAAUUUAUUUAAUAUUAUUGAAAGAACAGUGCUAUAUUUUCUCUUGUGAUAUAGACGUUCGAUACGUAAUCGUUUAAUAAGAAAGCACGAUAAAUGAUACGAUAAUAGUUACGAUUAAAUUAUCUACAAAAAUGAGUUCCAAAUUUCUAUUUCUAGAAUCAAUGGAGAUUCUUAGUACUAUACCGCAAUAUUAUACUUUGUUGGAAGUAUUCGCCAUACUGUUGUUCUUAUGGUUCAUUGUCAAAAAAGUUUACCGUAGAGAAAAUGUAACUCUAACGGAAGAUGAAUUGGAGAAAAAAUUAUCAGAAUGGAAACCGGAACCAUUGACGCCUGAAAUAGAUCCUAAUCAUCCUUCUUUACAUCCUUUAAAAGUAUCUACCAAAGUUGGUAAAAGAAUCUUAGUCGAUAACAAAGAUUGCCUUAAUUUGGGAACUCACAAUUACUUGGGCCUAACAGAAAAUAAAGAAAUAAAUGAAAUUGCAACUGAAACUAUUAAAAAAUAUGGAGUUGGUUCCUGUGGACCACGUGGUUUUUAUGGAACUGUUGACGUUCAUCUUGAAUUGGAAGAAAGAUUGGCUAAAUUUACAGAUACCGAAGAAGCUAUCGUAUACUCUUAUGGAUUCAGUACCAUUGCCACUGCCAUACCUGGAUAUUGUAAAAAAAAUGAUCUGGUGUUUGUGGAUGAAAAAAUAAAUUUUGCCAUACAAAAAGGAUUAGAUGCUUCUAGGUCGACGAUUAAAUAUUUUAAACACAAUGAUGUGCAACAUCUGCAUGAUUUGUUGUUAGAACAAGAAAACAAGGAUAAGAAAAAUCCUAAAGCUUCUAAAAUCAAACGCUUCUUAAUUAUAGAAGGAAUUUAUUUGUAUACAGGGCAGAUUUGCCCUUUACCUGAAUUAAUUACGUUAUGUAAAAAAUAUAAACUUAGAAUAUUCAUUGAUGAAUCUAUAUCAAUUGGAACCCUUGGUGCUCAUGGAAAAGGGAUCACAGAACAUUUUGGUGUUCCUAAACAUGAAAUCGAUUUAAUUAUGGGAUCCUUAGAAACAGCUAUAGGAUCUAUUGGUGGAUUUUGUGUUGGUACUACUUUUAUCGUCGAACAUCAACGUUUGGGUGCCCUUGGGUAUUGCUUCUCAGCAUCUUUACCACCACUUUUAACAACAGCAGCUAUUACUGCUAUAAAUAUCAUGGAAAAUAAUCCACAUAUAUUCAAAUCUUUGAAAGAUAAGUGUAUAACUAUAGAUAAUGCUCUUAAAGAAGUGCCGUAUAUUGAAACUCCAAGCUUUGCAGAGUCUCCUUUAAAACAUUUAUAUUUGAAAGAAAAGAAAAAUUAUUCUGAAGAAAUAAAAAUCCUCACUUCUAUUUCUAAAAGGUGCAUCGAAAAUAAUUUAGCUAUAAUAAGUCCUACAUAUCUGGAAACAGAAAAACAUCUGCCAAGACCUAGCUUACGUCUUUGUGUCUCUGUAUUAUUAACUGAAAGUGAUAUUAAUUUUGCAAUAUCUACAUUAAAGAAGUGUAUUAAAGAAAUUUUAACAUAAUAAAAGACAUUAAAUAUAUAUAUAUAUAUUUAUAUACAUAUAUAUAUUUACUUAUCUAUUUAUAAGAAAUAUUGUAAAUCUAUUAUGCUUUACAUCUAGAAAAAAAAUAUAUAAUUAAUUUGUUAAGGAUUAAGUAUUAGAUUGCCUGGCAUGUAUAGUGAUUCUACAUUCCGUCUAAACGCAUUUUUCAAAGCUUUUUUAUUCGAUAUUUCUCUAUAUAAAAUAUAUAUGCGAUAUAAAUAGAGUUGAAUAUAAUGUAUAAUUUAAAUGUAAAUAAAAUGCUCGUAAUUAAUUA